AAGCGCCCUCUUUCUCGUCCUCAGCUCAGCGGUUUUUUUUCACUGGCGCGCUGUUACGUACCGAAGCCUGCCGGGGAAAUGGCGCUCAGCUCGGCCUGGAAGCGAAUGUCGUGGCUUUAUUACCAGUAUCUGCUGGUGACGGCUCUUUACAUGCUGGAGCCCUGGGAGCGGACGGUGUUCAAUUCUAUGUUGGUUUCUAUUAUUGGAAUGGCACUUUACACUGGCUAUGUUUUCAUGCCUCAACAUAUAAUGGCCAUCUUGCAUUAUUUUGAAAUUAUGCAGUGAAGAAUCUCAGAAAGAAGCCACUUAGAAGUGAAGAUUAGACUGCUAAGAAAACUGAUUAUUUACAACUUAAGGAAUCCUACAGAUGGCAAGAUGAGCACCAAUUGAUGAUUGUGGCAGCCACUGGGGCACAUGGAGAUACAAAUGCAUUUUAUUUAUGUAUAAGAUUCCCUUGUAUAUUUUGUCUAUUAAUACUGUGAUUGUUUGUACCUUUGAUAUCAGUAUUUUCUUAACUUUGUGACUGUCUUAGUAUUACACUAUAAAAGCUUUUCCUAAUGUAACUUUAGGUACAUUUUGCCUUCUGUUUUUUAAUCAACAACUUACCUUAUUCAGUGGAGCUUGAAGCUUUUGCUAUUGUAUACUUAUGUCCAUCUGGGUAUAUUUCUAGUAGAACAUUUUGUAAGGAAGUGUUUAGAUUCAUGUAUAAAUGUGGAUAUACUCAUAAAACUUUCUUAUAAAACUUACUUCGGUCCUUGAGUUGCUCUCUGAAUUGUUUAAAACUGUGGUGUACCUCUCUUGCUUUAACAAUAAAUGGAAAGCUUUUCUUUGUACUUGGAGAAAAACAUCAAAACUUACUAUUGUAUAUAUACAACAGUAUGAAAUA